CGCAGAGCCUCAAAAACGAAAGCUCAAAAAUAUUCGCACGGGGACCUUUCACCUUCUAGAGCAGCGUUGAUCAAAACUUCACUCACGAUGCCUUCCAGAUCGGAACCGGCCGCGCUGCUAUCACACCUGCCGCGAGCAGACGGCUCAGCCACCUACUCGCACGCAGGCUAUACCGUCACAGCCUCGGUCAAUGGGCCCAUCGAGGCGCAACGGCGGGACGAGGACCCCUAUGAAGCCCUCGUCGAUGUCAUCGUACGACCGGCGGCAGGGGUUGGAGGCACCCGGGAGCGCCAUCUCGAGACGAUUCUACAGUCAUCACUGCGCCAGCUCAUUCUGGUCAAAAACUUUCCUCGCGGACUCGUCCAGAUUGUGCUGCAGGUAACAGCAUCCCCCGAGAAUGACUAUGUGAGCACUAAGCUCGUUCAGGCUCGCCUGAACUUGCCAAUUGUGCCGGCCCUGCUGCAGGCCGCUGUUUUGGCUCUGCUCUCGGCAGCAGUCCCGCUCAGGACAACCGCCACAUCAACCGUCGUGGCUGUGGCGGCGGCGCCGGGCGGAGGCAACAAGAGCCAGCUAGUGGUGGACCCGUGGCCCAGGGAGGCCGAGAAGGCCCGAUCCCUGCACGUGUUCGCCUUCACGUCCGGCGACAGGCUCCUCCUGGCGGAGAGCGAGGGCCCGUUCACAAUGCAAGAAUGGGCUGAUGUCUAUGCCAAGGCGCAGGAGAUCUGUUGCGAGCCUAACAGGGCCCCCGUCGCGAUGGACGACCAUCCCGAUAACGACGCCACUGCAGGGAGCGGCCCCGACAUGCGGCAAUUCAUCCGGUCCACCGUCGAGGCCAAGGUCUCGGCCGACCUCGAUUGGAAGAACUGAUGGACGUGAUCUGCAUGCGAAGGGCGGCCCACGGGCAACCGUGGAUGCCAUGAGGCAGUUGUUUCGCGAGACGUGGAGGCAUAACGAACCAACUCCCCGCGCGGCUCCUGGCGCGCUGUUUGCCUCGGAAUCCUACGCACACUAUGGCCUGCCGACACCCGACCCGACCGACCGACCGACCGACCUUAUCAGCCUGUGAGCGACGAUCCCGAGCAUCGAUGGAGACGGACGGCGAGAGGUGGACACGGGCGGCUAGGAAGGACGGGGAGGCUGGGAGGCAAGGGAAGCGGAUGGGGAUGGUUGGCGGAAAGUGAACGAAUGGCCACAACUCCACGGAACAAUGGACCCCUUGGGGCCUGUGGCGGACUCUCACGCAACUUGGACACCCUUCAUUCCCCUUCAGGAGCAGUUUCCCCAGCCGCUGGGGGGCUUGCAGUCACCGAGAUUUACCCCUUUGCUUACUGCCAGCAUCCCACUCCCACUCAAACAGGUGUGGAUCCGAGGCACGGGCGUCUAGGCUGUCAAAUUCGAGGGUUGCGGCGUCGACCAUGUUUCACCCUGUUCCCUGCCUGCGACCCAUCCAAAUCCGGACGGCUUAGCCGUCCGUCUCGUCGCCCGGAAUAGCGAAUAAGACGACGGCUCUGUGGGGAUGGGUUGCAAGGGGGCGUAUUUUGGUCGCAUAUCAAUUGUUGUCGAGGCAGCUGGUCCGCCGUCGUACCCGAUCCUUCUGUCUCGGUGUGGCGGUCCUCGGCCAAAAACUCCCCAGGCGAGAUAUCCCGGGGGACAGGAUCUCGCCUCUCGGACGGCUCUAUCUUAGCGCUGUAGCUUUCGGCACCAAAGUGGCCAGCAUGCGCAUGAGCUCUAAUUUGGCACAGACAUAUCUGACGCUAGUUGUGCCUGGGUAGCCACGGCGCCAACGGAUUUAUUGACGAGGCUCCCACGCUCCCAACGGCACAGAUGAUAAGUCUUGGCAACACUGCUCCGUGGCCACGAUAGCGCGCGGGUACCGAUUGUCAACGGGAUGCACAUGGCACAUGGAUGGAAGGCGCUGGCCUUGUUCCAAUCUGUGAGGCCGGCAGUGUCCAGAAUUGGGCGCACGGCGUGUGAUCUGCACGGGUCAAACGGCGCUGCAGGGCAGGCGGAUCAAUCGCACACAGGCACGGUGCGGCAAAAAGGCCCCCAAGAAGACAAGAGCUGUGCUGGUAUACUGUGUUUACGGUCCGCUCUUGUUUCUCAUGCAGGAGGGGAUCGCUUCUGGAAGGCGGGCAAACACCAGACUGUUCUCUUUUAUCCCCUUUCCCUCUCUCGCCUAUCCGGCACGGCAUGGAAACAUCGGCACCCCCUUCUAAUGCUAUUAUGCGAGAGCCACGUUUUUGUGGGCUUCCUGCUAGGCCCGCCAGCCAACCAGCCGGCCAACCAGCCAGCACUGUCCGGAGCGAAAGAGCGGUAGGUGCUGGCGGAGCCCCCUAGCCAUUGGUCAUUGAUCGGGAAAGCCGCGACAGUUGGGGAAUCAGAUGGAGAGGGACGGCGCCAGUCGCACAAAGAAAGCUGUGGCGCGAUUCCCGAUUUGGAACCUCCGGGGUGAGAUGACGGUCCAACCAGCGAAGCCGCGGGGCCCGAAGAAAGAAAGAGGAGCAGGGGAGGGGGGGGAGAAGCCCAGACUGCAGGGAAAACAAGCAUAGGUCCCCUGGAACAGAUCCAGACCGUAUCGCCUUGGGUCGAAUCUCGCUAUAUGUCCAUUGUUUCUUGGCUCGAUCAUUGGAGAUGGGCGGCAGCAGCAGCAGCGUCAAUUCCCGGCGGCUUCGAGAUACAAUCCUGGGGUCGGUGGCGUCUCCAUGCGCCAACCAGGAGCAAGCCAUGAGUUUUUCGGGCGCUGGAUCAGGGCUGCAAACCCUCCACGUUGUGGCUCUGCCUCCAUGGACGAGAUUUGCUCGACGGCUUGGCUUCCGCAGCUUUAUCGCGUCUUAGCAUCCGCGCGGGAUAUAGUGCCUACGUUAGGAAAGAAGGGGAGGGGGGAGCGCAAAUUUAGCAACGUGCCGAACCAGCCAUGUCUCGAGGCUGGAAGUGGAAACCCGACGGACGGGGGCCAGACAAGAGAAGGGAAGGAGGAAGAGAUCUGCUGCAGGUCGUGUAUCCUCCAGGGGCCUGAUCGGCGGCACCGACGAAAUCUGCAGCAAGGGCGCCCGGAUCACCCUAAAAAUGAUUUUAUUGAAGGAUCUAGCUUUAUUUGGUAAGGGAAACCCCACCCAGAGGAAGUACAACGCUUCGCACCGAUCGGUGCGAGUUGUGCAGGCCUGACAGGGGUUUACGACAUGUAUCUCUGUGGGCCGGCUUGAUCUUGGCUUGAUCUUGGCUUGAUCUUUACUGGAAUAGUCGAAAAAAGAGGGGUUUGAGGGUGGCUGACCGGGGUCUGUUGCAACGGCCUCGAGACUCCAGUGCAAGGGCUUUCUGGCCGCCAGUACAGUGUUUUGUAUGGCGCGAGGCCAGCCUGAGAGGGUUCAGCAACGAGAGCCUUGUCAGCCUGGCAGUUUAGGUACUCCACAGAUACAUCAGGGCCUCGAGGCCUGUGCCAUGCACCUCUGCACAGGCCAGUGCUGCGCUGCACUGGUCGGUGCCGCCGAUCAGUCCCCAGGACGUGCGUGAUGCCAAGCAAAGUACAGAUGACAGCGUGGUAUCCCUUCCUGCUAACGCCCAGUGCCCAAAGUUCCAAAGCGCCCGCCCGAGG